AUGGGCAACGCUCUUCAAAGAGCCGAACAAUUGUUGAAAACCGAUGGAAUCCCACCGACAAUUUCUCUUGAAUGGGAGGAAUUCGCUGGAUACAUUUGUGAGAUGAAUAGAAGAUGCCGAAACCAAAUCAAUUCUGACAACGAGUACAUCUGUUUUGCGCUAAAGAAAGGUACCACGGAUACACCAUUGUGGAAAGCGACCGUAAGGAUAUGUUGCUUGAAAAUGAACGCCACCGAUAACACCGUGAAAUCUUAUCGAUUUUUCAAUUUGACCGAAUUCCUCAACGUCUAUCGAUCGUAUUUGAUUCUGUUGAAGCCAGCGAUUGGACACGAAAGGCCACCAGUUGCUGAUGAGCUGAUGAAUCAAAGCAUAUACAUAUUGGGACAAACAGCCAUCUCCGACGGUACUUGUGCAAUUUGCAUGGAACGCCCGAAUGAGACUCUCCUUCCGUGUUUGCAUUCGUUUUGUACUGUUUGCAUAGCAAACUGGUUUGAGCACAGACCUAGGUUUAAAUGUCCUCUAUGCAAAGAAGCUAUCAAAGAUCCAUUGGCCGAUAGCUGGGAGGUAACCGACGCUCCGACUGAACAACAAGUACAAGACUACUUCAUGGGAAUUACCGGAGCUGAGUCAAGCACCAAUGUUAGUGGUAACCUUCUCACUCGCCCUCUUCAACCCUACGCUUCUUCAUCUACCUCAACUCUUAACAAAGAC